GCUGAAUCACUGUUCCUGCUGAGUUCUAACCAAGAGAAUAGAUUUAAUAUGCAUUUCAUCGUUUGUCUUCCUCUCGUUUUUGCUUUGGCAUUGGCAAAUCCGGUCAUGACAGACACGCUCUGUGCGGCCCAACCGGAACCAAUCGCCUACGCUACUCCUGACGUUUCCAAGUCUCAAGUUGAAAUUGAUUUCCCUACACCCAUUUCUGCAGCUUCCUUUGGAUCUCCAUCGUCUGCCUCGUUGACUAAGGACAAAACCAAGAUCGAAUAUGAUUUUCCUGCGCCAAUAUCAGCUCCACCUCCUGUUCCAGUAGCUACUCCUGCUCGCAUUUCCUAUGCGCCACCAUCUCGGGUCGAGGAACCCCAAAUCGAAUAUAAUUUUCCAGCUCCCAUUUCCGCCCCGUCUCCAAUUUCUUACGCCAUUCGCCAGCCCGGCCAGAUCGCAACUCCGGUUCCUGUCCAGCCUGUUGUUCCUCACACCUUUGAGACCCGCGUCCACUACGCCGAAACUCCCGUUGUCGUUGGCCAAACUGCUCACAUCAUGAAGCCCAACUUGGGUGCAGGUGCCCAUGUCACCAACUUUGAUUUUAUGGGACUCGCUCAGACCAAAACUGCUGGCCAGGAAUCUUACGCACAGACAUCGAAAGUGUUGGCCCCGGCUCGCAGCGUCUCCGAGAUUACUCCCCAGGUGGCCGUCCAGCACCCAACUAAAAUCAACGUGCAGAAGGUGGCUGUUGAGGUGCCUGUUGUCGCUCCCUACGCCCAGCCCGUCCCGGUUCCAGUAGCUCCUCAAUACGAAAUCCACCAAUACCAUCAAUCUCGGCCUUAUCCAGGUGCUUUUUCUCCUGUUCGUAUGGCCAAUAGUGAGCAGUUUGACCGUCGACGUAAGCAACAGAGUAGAAAAUUGACAACCAACUUAGAAGGGAGAAAGAUUAUUAAGAAGACUGGAACACCACUGUCGACGUCGUAUCGUUCCGCCCAUUUCCUCUCAGCCCCUGAAGCUCCACGCUACUUCCAUCGGCUGGUUCCUGGUAAUAUGUUCAAGAAUUUCUUCCAAUUAAGUGAGUCUACUGAAGAUCGGGACUCUAUCGAAACGUACGACGAUUAGUUUCUUGUUUUAAUAUUCCCUACUUGUGUAUCCAGCUUCCGUUUUAUUCAUCACUUAAUCCCAACAGCACAAGAGCUACUUGUUUCUAAUGUUACCCAGUGCCUAUUUUUGAUUUAACUCAACGGAUUUAUUACUGUAGGAAACGCGUAGAACAAG